UUCUUAAUUUAUUUUUUCGCUGCGUUUUUCGUUUCGCUCUUCUUCCAAGUCUGCGAGAAUUCGCAAGUUUUAUUGAUGCAAGGCUGAGUUCUUCUUCGUGCGAGGUGAAUCCGAAAGCUCUUUCCAUAACCACGUCUUCUUCUUCUUCAUCGUCAUCUUCGUCGUCGUCUCGUCCCUUUAACGUGUUUGGUUUCUUUUUUGCCUUUUUUUUGUGGUUUUGUGUAUUUCUCCUUGUGUUGAUUGUAUCGUUGUUCUUGGGGGGUAUAAGAAUCACGCCAAGUUGACAUCUUGAUUCAGAUAGAUUCGUAACUUUGGGUACCCAUUUACCCAGUUUUGUUUCUCGACGUGGGUUUUAAAUGCUUUGAGUUCUGCCAUGGAGGUUAACGCAAGUUACCUAUCCGCUCUUUCCUCUCUCGUUGAAUGUGUACACAUAUGCAUAUGCGAGGUUUUGAUGUAGUCCUUCCCCAGCUCCUUUGAAAGGGGUUACUUUUUCUCUUCGCAAUGAAUCGGGCAGCAGUUGUAUCGAUUUAGUUCGAUUAAUGCUGUUGGAAGAUAGUCGUGUCGGGGAUUUACCACGAAUUGGUUGUUCUGUGGAACUGGAUGGUGUUGGAAAAACGUCAGCUUUGGGCUUCGGAAUUGGUCAUUAAUGUGGCUUUUCUGGGAUCUGAGGGUUUGAAGACCAGAGUUCAUCAGAUUACCUGCAUUGUCUUCAAUAUUAUGGUUGAUCUUGAUGUAUGACGUCAAGUUAUAGACUUUGAGUUGGCUUGCUUGUUCACAUCGAUUUAGGAAUUUGUGUUGGAUGAAGUUUCUGUGUCACUGGUAGAUUUGCCUUUGCCGAUAAUAUCUCUUGGUUGGUUCCUUCAGAUGGAGCAGAUCCGUUCAGAUAACUUGGAAGGACUUGCAGAUGAAUCUUCUGAGCAGUUGAUGGAUUCUCCAUCUUCUUCAUAUCUCAAUGGACUUUAUGGAGAGCAGGAUGUACUUCCGCGUGUUGGAGAUCAGUAUCAGGCAGAAAUCCCUGAUCUAAUCCCAGAAGAUGAUCGUUUAAAGCUCAUUAACGUCUCUGAAUCCAAGCCUCAUCCUCAGAAUCCCUUCUCACUUUUGCCGAUCCAACUCAUGUGGACAGGAAGUGAAAAAUUCAGAGGUUUCUGCGAAACUAACGGGAACUAUGUGCCGAAUGAUGACGACCCUUUAGCCAAAGCUGAUCCGGCUGCUGGUAGCAAAGUGAGGACUAUUGUUCUGGCAUUGCCAUGUCAAAAAAAUGUCAAGUUCAAAUUCGACUGUCUAGGCAAAAGCCUUAACCCGUUUCCUGGGUCACUGGGCGAAUCGUGGGAAGAUCUUGAGCAGAAGAGGUUUCUCCUCGGCCUUUACUGUCUAGGGAAAAACCUUGCCUUUGUGCAGAAGUUUGUUGGGAGCAAGAGUAUGGGAGAUGUAUUGUCAUACUAUUAUGGCGGAUUUUACAGGUCUAGCGAGUAUAGGAGAUGGGCAGAUGGACGUAGAUUGAGAAGCAGACGGUCCAUCCAAUGCCAUAAGUUACUUACCGGUUGGAGGCAGCAGGAACUGUUGUCCCGGAUUUCGUCUCAUGUAUCCGAGGAAUGCAAGAGUACAUUGCUUGAGGUAUCUAAAGCAUUCAGAGAAGAGAAAAUAGCAUUGGAGGAGUAUGUCUUUACUUUGAAAAGCUCAGUUGGAACAGAUAUUCUUAUAGAAGCAAUUGGUAUAGGUAAAGGGAAAAAGGACCUCACCAAUGGUGCGGUAGAGCCUCCCAAGACAAAUCUGGCUAACUCUGGAAACUCUGAAGUACCAACAGGGAGAGCUUGUUCAUCUCUCUCACCUGCUGAUAUUGUGAGGUACUUGACUGGAGGCUUCAGGCUGAGCAAGGCCAGGUCGAGUGAUCUUUUCUGGGAAGCUGUAUGGCCGCGCCUGUUGGCAAGAGGGUGGCACUCUGAGCAGCCGAGAGACCACCAAGUUAGGAAUUCUCUGGUUUUCCUCAUACCAGGAGCCAAGAAAUUCUCCAGGAGGAGAAUGGUGAAGGGUAAUCACUACUUUGAUUCUGUCACUGAUGUAUUGAACAAAGUGGCUUUGGAUCCAACGCUUCUUGAGUUUGAUGCUGAGGCGAUUAGAGAGAAUUGGAACAUAGAAGACAGAGAUGGGAAUGAACAACUGGUAAAUUCAGAUGAGUUUGAUGAUUCUUCACCUGACAGCAAGAGGCAGAGGUACCUGCAGCCACAGAAAAGUAGUAAAAACCUUGAUGUAAUGAUGUUUACAAUUGUGGACACGAGCACAACACACGGGGUGGAGAGACGUAUGUCCAGAGAGAUGAGAUGUUUGCCUGUGGAAACAGGUGGUUCAUCGACAUUUUCCCCCAGCUUCUCGAGUCAAUCUGAGGAUAACUCGUCAGAAUAUAUGGAAAACAAGGCAGAGAGGAAGGCCAAAUCGACAACCGUGAGAGAAUGCAGUGAUUCUUUGGUUCAUGCAAGUGGGGCCAGACUCAGUUCUUGUAAAACCAGCUCUUUAAACAUGUCAACAGACAAUGUCUUAAGCCAGUGCUCUGUUUUUCCCAGUGAGAGUCAUCAGAAGAAGAACCGGAAAGUGAAGCCAAAGGAUCCAAAUAGGUUGUCCUUUGUUGGCAAAAGGAGUAGUUUAGCCGCUUGGACUAUAGGAGAGUUGGGAUAUUGUGACGAAACUCCGUCCAGGAAGAAGAAAUCAAAGACCAAGGAAACUGAUAUGGGACCAAAGUCACGAAAUACCCAUCAAGACGUGGUAAUGAGAGAAGAAGACAGAGAUCAGCCUCAUAAACUGUCCUCAGCCAACUCUUUAGCAGGAGACAGCUCUAAUGGAAGAAAUGAACUCUCCCUGGAAAAACCCGAAACCCAUGAGCAUUUUGAAAUGAACAAUUCUCAACUCCAGGUGGAGGGUGAAGCUGAAGUAGUGCAGAACAAUGAGAGCUCUUGGACUGAGCAUUCUUCCAUCAAAUUGAACGUGGAGCUGCCCAAUGGUGAGGAGAGUGCAUAUCAGCAACCUGGCAGGAGGCAAAGCACAAGGAGCCGGCCAUUGACGGCUAAGGCUCUGGAAGCUUUUGCAUUCGGGUUCCUUGGUAGCUCGAAGAAGAAGAGAAAGGAACCAGAGGAAGAUUCAAGAUACAGAUCAAGAACAAAGUCCUCAAAACACAAGCACGAUCACAUGGUUGUGACUGCCGAGUUCAGAAAUGGCAUGACGAAUAAUGAUUUUUCAAACACCGACGAAAAUGGGUAGAGAUUGAAGUUGAUAGUUGUUACCAGUAAAGGAGAGCAUUGCAGUCAGCCAUGGCGCCUCAAUGAUAUAGUUGAAAGAACUUGGGUCAAGCAGUAGAAUUUAACAGUUAAUAUAUACAUAUAGCCAACAGAAAUGUUGUCAUAUUGCUGAGUCACUAUAGUUAACAAUCUUUUUGCGUCCUCUGUUUCUGAUUAGUUGUGUGCUUGCUGUAAUACAGUACGUCAAUGUUCCGGCUGAAGGAAGGAAUAUACACAUGGUGAACUCUGAUCUUUUCCCAUCAUCAGAUCAAACCAGGUCAGAUGUGCUUUUAAAUAGUGGGAUGGUUUAUCCUCAGAAGUAAAGUCUUAACUGAGUUGAUAUAACUCCACCUCGUCAAUGUCUUUCCA